GUAGUAGAGUUCAAAGAUGGCAAGAACCAAGCAGACCGCUCGCAAGUCCACCGGUGGAAAGGCGCCCAGGAAGCAGCUCGCUACCAAGGCUGCCCGAAAGAGCGCUCCCGCUACCGGCGGCGUGAAGAAGCCUCACCGCUACAGACCCGGCACUGUGGCUCUGAGAGAGAUCCGGCGCUAUCAGAAAUCCACCGAGCUGCUGAUCCGCAAGCUGCCCUUCCAGCGGCUGGUCAGAGAAAUCGCUCAGGAUUUCAAGACUGAUCUGCGCUUCCAGAGCUCCGCUGUCAUGGCGCUGCAAGAGGCUAGCGAGGCUUACCUGGUCGGGCUCUUUGAGGACACCAACCUGUGUGCCAUUCACGCCAAGAGAGUCACCAUCAUGCCCAAAGACAUCCAGCUGGCCCGCCGCAUCCGCGGAGAACGCCCGCCGGCCUGCAGGAUCUUCUUGAGCGCCGCCACGGACAGCCCGCUGCGCUCCUUGGAGGCAGACACAGCCUUGACGAUCAGCUCCGACACGCUGGGACCCGAUUUCUUGGGCUUUGUGGCGGUCUUCUUCUUGGGCGCUUUAGCCGGAGCAGGGGCAGGGGCGGCUGGCAGUAUGUCUGGAAGAGGCAAAGGCGGUAAAGGACUCGGGAAAGGAGGCGCCAAGCGUCAUCGCAAAGUGCUCCGUGAUAACAUCCAGGGCAUCACCAAGCCUGCUAUCCGCCGCCUGGCUCGCCGCGGAGGAGUGAAGCGAAUCUCCGGGCUGAUCUAUGAGGAGACCCGCGGGGUGCUGAAGGUGUUCCUGGAGAAUGUGAUCCGGGAUGCCGUCACCUACACUGAGCACGCCAAGAGAAAGACCGUCACCGCUAUGGAUGUGGUGUAUGCGCUGAAGCGCCAGGGGCGCACUCUGUACGGGUUCGGGGGUUAAGGAUUUGCAUCGGCUACAUUUGAACACAAAGGCUCUUUUAAGAGCCACCCACUGUGUCAAGCAAGAGUUUUAAUCCAUUAAUUUUGCGUCGUACAAGACAAUGCUUUUUGGGUUAGUGAGUUUCUUAACUCUGCAUUUACUCACUCAUAUUUUCAUACGUGUGUGUGUGUAUAUAGAUAGAUAGAUUGUUG